CAGCGGUUCCACUGGAAUUGUGAUUGUGAUGCGCAGGAGUCUUUCUUCUCUGCUGCUUCUUCUUGUCUUUGUUCUUCUUUUUCUCUUUCUCCGCCGGAUAUCCAAUGGAACCGUGCUGAUUGUUGUACUGUUGUUGCAGUUGCUUUGCCUUUUUCCUCGCUAUCCCUACUCUGGUUGCUUCUUGUCGCCGUUACUCACACUGUGACCAGCUUGUGUGUUGUGGCUGUGAGGGAAAGCUGAACAGCCCCGGCGGCGGACCCGAUUCUCUUUCCCCCAUCUUGGUCUGUGUGUGUAUGCGUGUGUAUGUGUGUGUUGUCAGCGUGUUACUGCCUCUCAGCACCGCACAGAAGCAGGGGGAAACAAUAAAAAGAGAAAGAAAAACACACAGCAGAAAGUCCACUUUGACUGUGCUGAGCCAAACGCACAUUUAAGAAUAUCCAUUAUACGAAUUAUGAGUUCUUAUUUUGUAAACUCGCUCUUCUCGAAAUAUAAAAGUGGAGAUUCGUUACGGCCAAACUACUAUGAGUGUGGUUUCGCACAGGACCUGGCCGGCAGCCGGCCCACGGUGGUUUAUGGACCGGGAUCCGGCGCUACCUUCCAGCAUACUCCGCAGAUCCAGGACUUCUACCACCACGGCGCCUCCACGCUCCCAAGCAACCCCUACCAGCAGAGUCCGUGCGCGGUCACAUGUCACGGCGAGCCGGGGAACUUUUAUGGAUAUGACGCACUGCAACGACAGACGAUUUUUGGAACUCAAGAAGCCGACUUGGUCCAGUACAGCGAUUGCAAGCUCGGUGGAGCGACUGGACUAGGCAACGAGGACACAGAGGGAACCGAGCAGAGCCCUUCUCCGACACAACUGUUUCCCUGGAUGAGGCCACAAGUAGCUGCUGGCAGAAGAAGAGGCCGGCAGACCUACAGUCGCUACCAGACUCUGGAGCUGGAGAAAGAGUUCCUGUUCAACCCCUACCUAACCAGGAAACGCCGAAUCGAGGUGUCGCACGCAUUAGCGUUGACAGAGCGGCAGGUUAAGAUCUGGUUCCAGAACCGCCGGAUGAAGUGGAAAAAGGAGAACAACAAGGACAAGUUCCCCAGUAGCAAGAGCGAACAGGAGGCGGUGGAACGGGAGAGGAGGGAGAAGGAACUGCGGGAGGCCGGUGGUGGCAGCGGUGGAGGCAGUGGGGAAGGGGGUGGAGGGGCGGGCACUGGGUCGGGUACGGCGGGGUCUCAGGGCUCCGUCAGUGAGGACUGCUGUGAGAAAACACACAAACAAAUGUAAAGGAGGAUUUUGAGGGAUCGGGGUGGUUAAUCUAAAUGGUCAACAAAGGUGACGGUUGAAGUUGGAUCAGUGGACUAUCUUAACUUUAACGAGGCCAGUAAACUACCUGCUCUCUCCGUGAUUCGUCAAAUGAGUCUCCAGAAUUGUAAGAGCGACGAGUUGGAAGGACUAAAGGUCUGAUGACUGUCAAAACCACAGGAAAGAGCUAUAAAGGAAAAAAAAAAAAAAAAAAAAAGCUACCAAGCUCUAAACCGACUUAAUUGGAUGGCACUUAUCAUUCGAACUUAUGAAAUAUAUAAUUCCCACCCCCAGCCCUCACGAACAAGGUAAAUGAAAGAAGAUUAAAGGGUAGCUUCCUUUUUUUGUGGAACAAGUAUCGUGAAACAUUUCUAUAUUGUUAGAACUUUAUCAUUAACAGUUUCAUCUUUGGCAGCUGUAUAGUUUUUAAGUUAAAUAUGAUGGUGCACUUUUUACUGUAAUUCUCACGUCAAUGUUCUUGUUGUUAUGAUUAUGAUUUAUGAUAAUUAUGAAGAUGAUGACGUAGCAAUUAAUGAAAUUUCCAACAACAUGAAACUGCCUAUUUAUGCCGAUUUAGUAGGUUGGGUCUCAUUUUUUACACACUGUCAUUUUAGUUCGUUUUUUGACGUAGCCUAUGUCAAGGAUAUUUGUUUUAUGUUGUAUUCCUAUAUCGUUUAGGAAAAAGAGCAUGCGCACAGUGCAGAUGAAAAAAAGAUAAAAAUAUAGUAAAUAAAAAUAACAAUAAAAUUUCUUGAAAAAACUGGCUAUAAAAAUGAUUUUUUUUCUGGAUUAUCUGAGCCAGUGAGAAUGACAGUUUAAUUAACUUGGUCAAAUCUUUAAUGUCUCAUUUUGAUGUCAACUAGAAUUCUCACUGUCUUUUUUCAUUAUUCAGCCUGUAUAAUGAUGUAUCUAAUCUUUAAAUCCCAGUCUCAUUGCCCUGUCCUUAUUUGUUGUUUCAGUCCCAAUAAUCUAAACACAUUUUGUUAAAUGGUAAAAGUUAACACUGAACCUAUUCUAACUGUCUCCACCUUUAUCAGAGCCCAUUCCCACUCAACACACACAAAAUCACAAUUUAUUGAGGCAUCAUUUAAUUAAUGGUCUGGUCCCCACUCCCUCUUACAGUAUUAUAGGCCUCUAUCAGACCUCUGUCAUUAAAAUGCCUCCCAUCAUCAUUGCUAUGACAACUUGAGGUCAGAUGGUUUCCAUAUGCAAGGAUCAAAC